AUGUCCAUCAGUGUGGCCGCCGAAGAGCUCUCCCAAUUGGGAACCGUUGCGUCGAUUGUGGACCAACUGGUGGUGAUUCAGUCGUUUCGGUUGAUGCCGGCGCUCGACUUGGACUCAGUGCUGUUCCUGAAGGACGGGCAGCCCUUGGGUCAGGUGUUUGACGUGUUUGGACCGGUGGUUGAGCCGCGAUAUGCCGUCCGGUUCGACACCGCGGACGAGAUAACUGCGCGACAGAUAUCGGUGGGAACGCCGGUGUAUUUCGCGACACAACGCCAGCAGCCGAUCACGAGCUAUGUCUUCGCGGAACAGUUGCGACAAAUGAAGGGAUCGGACGCCUCCUGGAAGCACAACAACGAACCGCCCGGAGAUGUGGUCGAGUACUCCGAUGACGAGACCGAACAGAUGGACAGACAUCGACAGAGGGCUAAGAGAUCUCACCGACAGUCCAACACCGGGUCCACAGGUGUGGCCAAUCAGUACGGAUAUCGUGUGCCGCCAAACACUCCCAACAGUCCCUACACUCAACCCCCUGUUGACCACAUGUUACUAUUGUUGACAAAUAAUAGUGAUCUGGCUACUAGUGCGCCAACUACUACUUCAGCUACUGACAGCACCACCACCGGUACGCCAUCGACUGAUUCACCACAAAGCGAUCCUUCACAUACGGGUAGUCCCCCUCUAACCCCUCCGACAGCUCCGACAGACAACACUAAGAGACCCAUAGGUCUUGACUUGAAUCCUCCUAACUAUAGGUAUUUCGUGAAGAAAUACUCGCAAAAGGAUUACAUGACUCCCACUGUCUUCCUGUUCAUCGGUUUAAUACUCAUUAUAUUAAGCAUUGCUUUUCACUAUUAUAUGGAUUCUAAGCAAAAGAUAAUGAGGGCAGAUAUGGGCGCCCGAUAUGUGGCCCCAAAACACCACAAAGAUUUGAGUCAAAAACAAAACACAGCUACCGGUGCCGUUCUGGUCACCCCCUCCACGAAAACAGACAUUACUGUUACACCAAAAGCAUCGGUAGCUAAAAGCAAAGCCUCACACAAAAGUCCACGCUCUCAGAUCACGUCCACUUCAUAA